AUGAACGCUCUCGCUAUCACUGCUCUUGCCAUUUCCGGGGUCUUUGCAGCACCGCCUCCACCUCCAGGUGGCCCAGCUCCUCCUCCACCUCCACCACCUCCCCCAGCUGGACCAGGUGGCCGCCCACCACCAGGCCCUCAUGGCAGCUCCAAUGGCAAUGCCAACGCCACCGUCCCAGCGCCCUCUGUGAACACUGCCACAGCUGCUGCCUCUGUGGCCGCUGCCGCUGCAACUGCAUCCACCGCAGCUCACAACACUGGUGACGUACCAGGCCGUGCCUUCGACCGCUUCAUCACUAUCUGGCUCGAGAACACCGACUACUCAAAGGCCGCUAAUGACUCGAACUUGCUCUGGCUUGCUCAGCGCGGUAUUACGCUCGAGAACUACUUCGGUGUGACCCACCCGUCUGAGCCCAACUACGUUGCUGCCGUUGGUGGCGACAACUUCGGUAUGGACAACGACAACCUCAACCAGGUUGCGUCCAACGUUUCCACCGUCAUUGACCUCCUUGAGGCCCGUGGUAUCACCUGGGGUACUUACCAAGAGGACAUGCCCUACACCGGCUUCGAGGGCUUCUCCUGGGUCAACCAGCAGACCAAGAAGAACGAUUAUGUUCGCAAGCACAACCCACCAGUCAUCUACAAUGCCAACACCAGCCCCAAGCGCUUGAGUUACCAGAAGAACACGACCGAGUUCUACGUCGACCUCAAGAAUAAUGCUCUGCCGCAGUGGUCGUUCAUCACGCCAAACAUGACUUCCGAUGGCCAUGACAGCUCCGUCACGGUUGCCGGCGCCUGGACUCGUGCUUUCCUCGAGCCCCUCCUCUCCAACGAGUACUUCAUGAAGAACACCCUUAUCCUCGUCACCUUCGAUGAGAACCACACCUACACCCUCGCCAACCGCGUGUUCACCAUCCUUCUCGGUGGCGCAAUCGCCGGUAAGGAGGGCACCAAGGACACUAGCUACUACAACCACUACUCCGAGAUUGCCACCGUCGAGGCCAACUGGAACCUCAACACCUUGGGACGAUGGGAUGUUGGCGCCAACGUUUUCCAGACCGUUGCUGAGAAGACUGGUGAUGUUGUUCGUUCCAACGACGCCGUCACAGCCGCCAACCCAACCAUCUUCCAGAACAGCUCGUACGCUGGUCCAUUCAACAGCGAUGUUGGCUUCGCUCCUUACCCAGCACCCAAUGUCAACAUCGUCUCCCCAAAGACUGGUCGUACCGUUCUGCCUGCCAUCCAGAGGCAGUGGGGCAACAAGCCUUCCAUCUACAACAAUGGUGUGGUCAUUCCUGACGGUCAGCACCCUCCUCAGGGCUAUGCUAUUAACACCGUUGACAACUAG